GAUUUUCUACUGAUAUAGGGCGAGGACACUGCAUUUUGUAAAGUUGGUUAGGCUUGUCGUCCAAAGUUACCUUUAGUAUAAACAGAACCAUGAUUAUGUUGAAAUAUAUACAAAAAUGCAUAUAAUGAUCUUGAGAACAGUCAAUAUAUAUAUAGAUGGACCUUUGAACUUCUCAAAAUACUAAUAUAAGUGAUUCAUCAAGUCCAGAAAAAUACAAAGAAGCAUUCAAAUGGCAGCUUUAGAGACAGUAGUGGAGUGGCUGAGACCCCUUGUGAGAAACAAGCCAUGGGACUACUGUGUCAUUUGGAAGUUAGGAGAUGAUCCUUCCAGGUUUAUUGAGUGGGGGGCAUGCUGCUGCAGCGGUGGAAACAGCCCUGAAAACAUCAUCAAAGUAAAGGAUGAAAAUGGUGUGGAGAAGCAUUUGAUUGCUGAAUGCAAGGAUAGGUUGGUCAAGCAUCUGGUUGGAACUAAUGCUUGCAAGAAGCUUGCACAGUUACCCUCUGUCAUUCCAUUGUAUUCUGGGAUUCAUGGGGAUGUUGUGAUAUCCAAGCAACCAAGGUGGACAACCCAAAGUAAUCCCUCUGCCUCUGAUGAUGAAACAAGUGGAACUCAAGUUCUCAUCCCAGUAGCCUGUGGUUUAAUUGAACUAUUUAGCACAAAUCAUGUACCAAGAGAUGAGAAGAUCAUUGAUUACAUUUCUGCUCGCUUCAACAUCAAUCUUAAACAGGAGAACGCAAAUGAGAAGGACCGUUCCAAUUAUAACCUUGGAGAUAAACUUUGUGACCCUGAUCACUCUUCAUUUCACUAUCUAAAUUUUCUUCCUCGGAUACCCCAACCUAACAACUAUUCUAGCUUUGAAGGAUCAUCCACUUGUUCCAGUCUUUCAAACGAACACCAACUACUUCAAAUAGGCCCUGAUCCCAUGUUUGGUAGCAUGUCGCCUGAAAAAUCAAGCAGAGAAUAUGUAGACUCACCAAGCAGCAGUUUGAGGUUGAAAAGGAAGAACUAUACAGAUGUUUCAUUGGCACAGGGCAACGAUCAAACAGUAGCGGUGAAGAUUAGACAGAAGGCAGAAAAGGGACCUUACAAGUCGAAGAAUCUUGUGACAGAGAGAAACCGGAGGAAGAGAAUCAAAGAUGGAAUGUUUGCUCUUCGUGCACUAGUUCCAAAGAUUUCUAAGAUGGAUAGAGCUUCUACGUUGGGAGAUGCAACCGAGUACAUAAAAGAGCUCGAGGAGACUAUUGAGAAUUAUUAUGAUGAACUGAGAACAAUGGAAGAAGACCCUAGCAAGAUUAAUGAUAAUGCUAAACCAGAUCUCCCAAAGUUGAUCGGGGACAAGAGCGCAGCUGGUGGUAGUGAAAAGAAUCCAGUAGAGGUAAAGGUUGAAGUAAGCCAGCUCGGGAGAAAAGAUUUCUUGUUGAAACUUAUCUGCAAUCAAAAGCGAGGUGGCUUUUCAAGGUUGAUGGAAGCCGUAGAUUCCUUAGGACUCAAGGUGACGGACGCCAAUGUCACCACGCUCAAUGGCUCCGUGUUGAACGUUCUCCAAGUUGAGGCUAAUAAAACAGAGGUAGAGCCGAAUGCUUUGAAGCAUUCACUGCUCCAGCUAGUAAACUAGACGAUGAAUGAUUACAGUAGUAAAAUCAAGAAGGGAAGAAGGCCAGACAUACUUGAAGUGGAAGAUGUCCUCUUAUAAACAUCGAGAAGUUCAUGCAUAUCGAAAUCAUGCAAGGAAAUCGCUUGUUAAUCUUGAUUUCCCCAUGAGAACUUUCCAGAGUGGUUCAGUGAACUACCUAGCAUCAGCAUCUCAUUUCAUGUCUGGAAAUGUGUAGUAGAUUAUAUUGUUGCCUUCUUCUGACAUACACUCUUUAGUUCUUAAAUCCUGCAUCAGUGCUGGAACAUCUUUUCUCAUCAAAUUUAUGUAAUGAUGCUUUAUGCUGAUGCAGCUUGGGGUCUGAAGCACAGGAUAGAAAAAUAAGCAACCUUGUGUAUUACCUAUGGAUUUGAGAAUUGCAUUAGCAAUAUAGUUCUAAUGAAUUAUGUGCCCCUUUUAACAUUCUGAAUUCUGCUAUCCCACAAGUCAAAAGUUAAGAUCGUAGCAA